GGCAGGAAAGCAUCGAGAGUGCUGCCACACAAGUCCAUGGGGCCGUCAUUGUCUCACUGCCCUGCCAUUGAGCCACCGAUGGAUCACUCCUGCUCUAGUCGACUUGGCCUGAUCAGGCGUGUGGGCUCGGCGAAAGCGCCGUCCAUCUGGCCGGGGAGUUGUUGUGUGUUUGCGUGCGGGCAAGCCAAGCGGCAAGCAGGCGGGAAGAAGAAGUCGAAACGCGGAAGGGCGGACUGAGAGCAAAGACGACCGCCGCCGCCGCAUGACUCGCAUUUCCUCUCUUCAAUCCCAUUUUCCCAUCCCUCUUUCUUCGCCCCUCCUCCUCACCACAUUCAUCACCCAGCAUGGUCUCUUCCGCCUCCCCCUCGCCCGGCGCCUGGACGCCCACAUCCUGGCGCACCCGCCCCGUAGCGCAAUCCGUCUCCUAUCCGUCUGCCUCACAUCUCUCCAACACGCUGCACCGACUCUCCACCCUUCCCGGUCUCGUCACCCCUCACUCCAUCCACUCCCUCUCCACCCACCUCACCUCCGUCGCAGCCGGUCGCGCUUUCCUCCUUCAAGCGGGGGACUGCGCCGAGCUGUUCGCCGACUGUCGAGAGGACAAGAUCGCGGCAAAAUUGAGGCUGAUCCUGAUGAUGAGCCUAGUCAUUGUGUGGGGGGCGAGGAUGCCUGUGGUCAGGGUGGGGAGGAUAGCGGGACAGUAUGGGAAGCCUCGUUCGAAGGACAAGGAGAUGGUAGAGAUGGAAAGCGGGGAGAAGAAGGAGGUGCUCACCUUCCGAGGGGAUAAUGUCAACGGAUUCAGCCCCUCGGAUCGUACGCCCGACCCGGAGCGGUUGCUGCAAGCAUACUUCCACAGCUCGGCCACGCUCAAUCACAUCCAUGGCCUGCUCAGCAGCGGAUUUGCCGACCUGCACGCACCGCUCGACUUCUCCUUCGACCAUGUACGUGACGAGGCUCUCAAGAGGGACUACAGGCAGAUCGUGGAGAGCAUUACGGACUCCCUCGACUUUAUGGGGACGAUUGGCGCCGAUCCUAGCAGUGCUGGCGGGUCGUCGUCGUCGCUGAGUAGUGUCGACUACUACACGAGUCACGAGGGCCUCAUCCUUGAGUACGAGGAGAGCCUCACCCGUCUGCACACCUCUUCCUCCUCCCAAUCCUCCUCCUCUUCUCGCGCUCCCACAGCCGGCUAUUACAACUUGUCGGCACACAUGCUCUGGCUCGGGGACAGGACGCGCGACCUGAAUGGUGCGCACGUCGAGUAUUUCCGCGGGAUCAAGAACCCUAUUGGGAUCAAAGUCGGGCCGAGCAUGCAGCCUGAGGAGCUUGUACGGCUGCUGGAGAUUGUGGAUCCGGAUGUCACGCCGGGGAGGGUGACGUUGAUUGGACGAUUCGGCGCGAGCAAGAUCGAGUCGCACCUCCCUCCCCUAAUCCGCGCAGUCCAAUCCUCUCGCCACGCCAGCUCAAUAAUCUGGAUAUCCGACCCCAUGCACGGCAACACCAUCUCUCCCCCUUCGCACCCAGACAUCAAGACUCGCCUCUUCACAUCCAUCGUCUCAGAACUCUCCGCCUCGUUCCGCAUCCACGCCUCCCUCGGCUCACGGCUGAGCGGUGCCCACCUGGAGCUGACGGGCGAAGUGGACGAGAGUGGUCAGAGCGUGACGGAAUGUAUGGGGGGUAGUAUGGAGUUGGGAGAAGAGAUGCUGCGCGAGAGAUAUUUGACACACUGUGAUCCUAGGCUGAACGCGGAGCAAGGGCUGGAUGUGGCGUUUUUGGUUUCGAGGGAGUUGAGGGAGAGGAGGUUGCAAGGGAGUAGAAAGCCUAGCCCGAGCAGGGGGGCGUGAGUCAAUGCGAUACGAUGAGUAUUUGAGCUCGAGAGGGUCAUAGAGCGAGUCAGCUGGUCGGGCGCAGAUGUCGUCUCUGUCGUGUGAGUGAGGGAAGGAGAUUGGACCCUGUUCUUCUCUGGCUGUCAUGUCACGUCGAGAUGCGCAGACGGAGAAGCAAGAGACCAACCGGCAUCUGCAUCUCUCUCUCCGUCUUGACGUGACUUGGUGCUCCGCCCACUCGCCCGUCCGCCUUCC